AUGACCCACAGCCCCGCGACAAGCGAGGACGAGGAACGCCACAGUGCCAGCGAGUGUCCCGAGGGGGGCUCAGAGUCCGACAGCUCCCCAGACGGGCCAGGUCGAGGCCUCCGGGGGACCCGGGGCCGGGGCAGUGGGGCACCUGGUAGCCUGGCCUCUGUUAGAGGCCUCCAGGGCCGCUCAAUGUCCGUCCCAGACGACGCCCACUUCAGCAUGAUGGUCUUCAGGAUUGGCAUCCCGGACCUGCACCAGACAAAAUGCCUGCGCUUCAACCCAGAUGCCACCAUCUGGACGGCCAAGCAGCAGGUGCUCUGUGCCCUGAGCGAGAGCCUGCAGGAUGUGCUCAACUAUGGCCUGUUCCAGCCGGCCACCUCAGGCCGUGACGCCAACUUCCUGGAGGAGGAGAGGUUGCUGCGGGAGUACCCCCAGUCCUUCGAGAAGGGGGUCCCCUACCUGGAGUUCCGAUAUAAGACCCGAGUUUACAAACAGACCAACCUGGAUGAGAAGCAGCUGGCCAAGUUGCACACUAAGACGGGGUUGAAGAAGUUCCUGGAAUAUGUGCAGCUCGGGACAUCUGACAAGGUGGCGCGGCUGCUGGACAAGGGGCUGGACCCCAAUUACCAUGACUCGGAUUCGGGAGAGACCCCCUUGACACUGGCGGCCCAGACUGAAGGCUCUGUAGAGGUGAUUCGAACCCUGUGCCUGGGCGGGGCCCAUAUCGACUUCCGGGCCCGGGAUGGCAUGACAGCACUGCAUAAGGCCGCAUGCGCCCGACACUGCCUGGCGCUCACGGCGCUCCUGGACCUUGGGGGUUCCCCCAACUACAAGGACCGUCGGGGGCUGACCCCUCUGUUCCACACGGCUAUGGUGGGUGGUGACCCCCGAUGCUGUGAGCUGCUCCUGUACAACAGGGCCCAGCUGGGCAUAGCUGAUGAGAACGGCUGGCAGGAAAUCCACCAGGCCUGCCAGCGGGGUCACUCUCAGCACCUGGAGCAUCUGCUCUUCUACGGGGCUGAGCCUGGAGCCCAGAACGCCUCAGGGAAUACAGCUCUGCACAUCUGCGCCCUCUACAACAAGGAGACCUGUGCCAGGAUCCUCCUGUAUCGAGGUGCCGACAAGGAUGUGAAGAAUAACAACGGACAGACCCCAUUCCAGGUGGCAGUGAUUGCUGGGAAUUUUGAGCUGGGGGAGCUGAUCCGAAACCAUCGAGAACAGGAUGUGGUGCCCUUCCAGGAGUCCCCCAAGUAUGCGGCCCGGCGACGGGGGCCCCCGGGCACAGGGCUGACAGUGCCCCCGGCGCUGCUGCGGGCCAACAGUGACACCAGCAUGGCGCUGCCCGACUGGAUGGUGUUCUCCGCCCCAGGGGCCUCGUCCUCUGGGGCCCCUGGCCCUACCUCAGGGUCCCAGGGCCAGUCGCAGCCCUCGGCCCCCACCGCCAAGCUCAGCAGCGGGACCCUCCGAAGUGCCAGCAGCCCCCGGGGUGCCAGGGCCCGCUCUCCAUCCCGAGGGAGGCACCCUGAGGACGCCAAGAGGCAGCCCCGAGGCCGGCCCAGCUCCAGCGGGACACCCCGGGAAGGGCCAGCCGGGGGCACGGGGGGCUCAGGGGGCCCCGGGGGCUCCCUGGGCAGCCGCGGGAGGCGGAGGAAGCUCUACUCAGCAGUACCCGGACGCUCCUUCAUGGCUGUGAAGUCGUACCAGGCCCAAGCCGAGGGGGAGAUCUCCCUGAGCAAGGGCGAGAAGAUCAAAGUACUUAGCAUCGGGGAAGGAGGCUUCUGGGAAGGCCAGGUCAAAGGUCGUGUUGGCUGGUUCCCGUCUGACUGCCUGGAAGAGGUGGCGAAUCGCUCUCAGGAGAGUAAGCAAGAAAGCCGCAGUGACAAGGCAAAGAGACUCUUCCGGCAUUAUACCGUGGGCUCCUACGACAGCUUUGAUGCCCCAAGCUUAAUGGAUGGGAUUGGCCCAGGGAGCGAUUACAUCAUUAAGGAGAAGACAGUCUUGCUGCAGAAGAAGGACAGUGAGGGGUUUGGGUUCGUGCUCCGGGGGGCCAAGGCGCAGACCCCCAUCGAGGAGUUCACCCCCACCCCGGCCUUCCCGGCGCUGCAGUAUCUGGAGUCGGUGGACGAGGGUGGCGUGGCAUGGCGAGCUGGACUGCGAAUGGGAGACUUCCUCAUCGAGGUGAACGGGCAGAAUGUGGUGAAGGUCGGCCACCGACAGGUGGUGAACAUGAUCCGCCAAGGGGGCAACACGCUGAUGGUGAAGGUGGUGAUGGUCACCAGGCACCCGGACAUGGAUGAGGCAGUGCACAAGAAAGUACCCCAGCAGGCCAAGCGGCUGCCGCCCCCAACCAUCUCCCUGCGUUCCAAAUCUAUGACCUCAGAGCUGGAGGAGAUGGAGUACGAGCAGCAGCCGGCGCCGGUGCCCAGCAUGGAGAAAAAGCGGACCGUGUAUCAGAUGGCUCUCAACAAACUGGACGAAAUCCUGGCCGCAGCUCAACAGACCAUCAGUGCAAGCGAGAGCCCUGGGCCCGGUGGCCUCGCGUCCCUGGGCAAACACCGACCCAAAGGCUUCUUUGCCACUGAGGUUCUGCUGUCUGAUACCACACAGCUGCAGGACAGGACAGAAAGCCAAGCAGAGUAUUGGGCUGUGGCUGAAGGAGAUGGGGGAGGGGGGGCGGCAGAAGAUGACAGACCUUACCUAGCACCCCCAGCCAUGAAAUUCAGCCGCAGCCUGUCUGUGCCUGGUUCGGAGGACAUUCCCCCGCCACCCACCACGUCCCCGCCGGAACCCCCCUAUAGCACACCUCCAGCCCCCUCCUCCUCAGGGCGCCUCACCCCCUCCCCUCGGGGAGGGCCCUUCAACCCCGGCUCUGGGGGCCCCCUCCCCGCCUCCUCCCCUGCAUCCUUUGACGGGCCCUCCCUUCCCGAUACCCGCGUGGGGAGCCGCGAGAAGAGCCUGUACCACAGCGGGCCCCUGCCCCCUUCCCCGACCUCCCCGAGGGCCAGCGAAGAGAACGGGCUGCCCCUGCUGGUUCUGCCGCCGCCCGCCCCCUCGGUGGAUGUGGAAGAUGGCGAAUUCCUUUUCGUGGAACCGCUGCCUCCGCCCCUGGAAUUCUCCAACAGUUUCGAAAAGCCGGAGUCGCCCCUCACGCCUGGGCCUCCCCACCCGUUGCCCGACCCACCUGCCCCGGCCACCCCGUUACCCCCUGUGCCACCCCCGGCUGUGGCCGCAGCCCCUCCCACCCUGGACUCCACCGCAUCCAGCCUGACAUCCUAUGACAGCGAGGUGGCCACCCUGACCCAGGGGGCCUCCGCCGCCCCUGGGGACCCCCCUCCACCAGGCCCGCCUGCCCCAGCAGCACCGGCUCCCCCUGCCCCACAGCCCGGCCCAGACCCUCCGCCUGGCACGGAUUCUGGCAUUGAGGAGGUGGACAGUCGGAGCAGCAGUGACCACCCGCUGGAGACCAUCAGCAGUGCCUCCACGCUGAGCAGCCUAUCUGCCGAAGGUGGUGGCAGCGCAGGGGGUGGGGGCGGGGGUGGGGCCGGUGUGGCCAGUGGGCCGGAGCUUCUGGACACCUAUGUGGCCUACCUGGACGGCCAGGCCUUUGGGGGCAGCGGCACUCCCGGCCCGCCAUACCCUCCUCAGCUCAUGACUCCCUCUAAGCUCCGGGGCCGGGCACUAGGAGCCAGCGGAGGCCUGCGGCCUGGCCCCAGUGGGGGACUCCGAGACCCUGUCACCCCCACCAGCCCCACCGUCUCGGUGACAGGGGCUGGAACCGAUGGGCUGCUGGCCCUGCGUGCUUGUUCAGGACCCCCCACGGCAGGCGUGGCUGGCGGUCCGGUGGCUGUAGAGCCAGAAAUCCCACCGGUGGUGCCCUUGCCGACGGCCUCCUCUCUGCCUCGGAAGCUGCUGCCCUGGGAAGAGGGCCCGGGCCCACCGCCACCACCUCUGCCUGGUCCCCUGGCCCAGCCUCAGGCCUCAGCCUUGGCCACAGUAAAAGCCAGCAUCAUCAGUGAACUCAGCUCCAAGCUUCAGCAGUUUGGGGGCUCCUCGGCAGCUGGUGGCGCUCUGCCCUGGGCCCGAGGAGGCAGCGCGGGAAGCGGAGACAGCCACCACGGGGGAGCCAGCUAUGUCCCGGAGAGGACCUCCUCCCUGCAGCGGCAGAGACUCUCCGACGACUCCCAGUCCUCGCUCCUCUCCAAGCCUGUCAGCAGCCUGUUUCAGAACUGGCCCAAACCACCUCUGCCACCGCUCCCCACCGGAACAGGGGUCUCCCCUACAGCCGCUGCGGCCCCAGGGGCCACCUCACCCUCGGCCUCCUCCUCCUCCACGUCCACCCGCCACCUCCAGGGCGUGGAGUUCGAGAUGCGGCCCCCUCUGCUCCGCCGGGCCCCCAGCCCCUCGCUGCUGCCCGCCUCGGAGCACAAGGUCAGCCCUGCGCCCAGGCCCUCCUCCCUGCCCAUCCUGCCUUCUGGACCCCUCUACCCAGGCCUCUUUGACAUCCGUGGCUCCCCAACUGGAGGGGCAGGAGGCUCGGCUGACCCCUUCGCCCCAGUCUUUGUGCCGCCACACCCGGGGAUAUCCGGAGGGCUCGGGGGAGCCUUGUCAGGGGCCUCGCGCUCCCUCUCACCGACCCGCCUGCUCUCGCUGCCCCCGGACAAGCCGUUUGGCGCUAAACCUCUGGGGUUCUGGACCAAGUUCGACGUGGCUGAUUGGCUAGAGUGGCUGGGUUUGGGGGAGCACCGAGCCCAGUUCCUGGACCAUGAGAUCGAUGGCUCCCACCUGCCCGCCUUGACCAAGGAGGACUAUGUAGAUCUAGGUGUGACCAGGGUGGGCCACCGCAUGAACAUCGACCGGGCUCUCAAAUUCUUCCUGGAGAGGUGA